ACACGCUCAGGCCUCUGCGAUGUUAUCUUCACGCGCCGCCUGCUCUUAUCGGGAAAACCCUCCCAAAUAGAUAAGCUUCCAAUUGUUCCGAGGAUCACACCUAAUUAAGGAAUGCAGAUCCGGGUGAAAUGCGGUUGCGCAGAGAGCUGCCCGGAAUGGGCAAUCGUGGAGCUUCAAGGCGUCAUUGAGGCCCAACCCGCCUUCGCGAAUCGCCUUCAAGACCUCCAAAUCGGCGUUCUCUGUCGCCCUUCUGCUCAGGAGAUUUAUACCUUUACAGUUGGGUAUCACGAGCUGACUGGGAACAAAGUGCCCUUGAAGAAACCUAUGCUAAUAUUGAAGAAAAGGAAGCUAGAGGAAGAUACUGAUAUUAACACACCUGGAGUGGAAUUGGACGUAAUUGGGAUUAUUCGCCAGAAAGUUCUCUUCAAAACCAGACCAAGGGCGCUCAUAUCCAAAUCCGAGCCAGUUGUGAAGGAAAAGAAGCCUCACAUUGCAGCUAAGUCAACAGAGUGAAUGAAUGGUACUAUGAGCAUUUGCAGAUGGUUUAAAAUAUGUUUGUCAAGUGAGGACACACGAAUGCUUAUUUUUAUAUUUGACGUCGCAUAUCAGUUGUUAAAUUGUUCUCUGGCGGCUCCCUUAUUUUGUUGCAUGUGCCUUCCUGGUUCCUGAACCAUGACAAUAUAGAGAAACUUGUUCUUUCCCUGGUUUCAUGUACACAAAUUUUGAUGCAAAAUUACUUGGUUGAAGUGUUGAACAAUGCUAAAGUAAUAAAUUUAAGCUAUAUACAGAGUACUUCAGAUAACAAAUUUAAGCUAUGUUA